AUGCCUCAAUCUAGCCAGAAGCGAGCAAUUGAUCGGGGGCAGGGGAGCCUAGAAGCGGCACAUGAAGAGUCAAAGAAAUGUGUCCAGGGCCGAUUCCAAUGCCAUGCGGCUCUGAGAUUGACCAUAAUGUCAGAUACCAUCAGGUUCCCCCAACUUGUCGCUUCGAUCUCAAAACCUGUCACUGGUACUAGGGCAUUGGCAAGAAAUCGCAAGGUGGCCAACCAUUACUGGCGGCUGCACUCGCGAGAUAACAAGGGACUAAAGCCAUGCUACAAGGUGAUUGGUGCACGGACCAAUUGGGAAGGCAGUGUCGCAUGUUUGGGAUGUUGCACGCUAGCGCUGUGCAUGGGACAUGUUGCCUGA